AUGUUGGAUGUACUCUCCUUUCUACUACCAUCGCUGGUAGUGCUUGCGCUCGGACAGCAACAGGUGAAUCAGCCGUGUAUCCUCCCGAACGGAAGAGCUGGACAAUGCAUCCAUCUGGAACAUUGUACCCCGAUAGCUCGGCUUGUGAAUCGAAAAAUGAUCUAUCCUCAAGAAAAGCACGAGAUUAAAGCCGUAUUUGGUGCCUGUGCAAGUGAUAAGAAUUCGUCGGAUACGAUCGUUUGUUGUGAAUCCCCACAGUUAUCAGCGGGAAUAAAAACCGAUGUUACGACAACGACCCAAUGUGCGGAUCACUACAAAGAUGUUCUACCGGUGCGUUGCGGUACGAUCCGAGAAUUUCAACUCACAAAUCAUAUCUUGUCUGAUGUGGAAGACGUUAACAACGUUCACGUGUGGGCAGUUCUAUUGGAAAUUAAAAAGACCGACCGAUGUGUGGGAACCUUGAUCCAGGAGAGUUUCGUACUGACCGCAGCACAUUGCGUACAUAACUUAACCAAAGAAAGUAUCAGGCUGUUUUUCGGCGUGUCCAAAAUCAGUACGCUGCAGCAAUGUUUGAGAGAUUAUGAAUGUUUGGAGCGCGGUGCAGCAGAAUUCAUUGUUCAUCCCGACUAUAAACCUCCCGACCGGUCGAACGAUAUUGCUCUUAUUAGGUUAAGCCAACCUAUAAACAUUUCCGGUGACAUUAUUCCCGCCUGCCUGCCGCUAAAUUACACUUUCGGCGAGAGCGAAUCCGACGGUACACGCGUUCAUUCGGUCGGUUGGGGUUUAAACGAAAAAGGAGAAUUGAGUGAUUGGAAGGGUAUAGUAUUGUUGAAUGUUAAGCCGCAGGUCGAAUGUGGCAAUCACCUCAACAGUAAAUUUAAGCGAUUCCCUCCCAGUAUGAUCUAUAGUGUCAUGUGUACCGAUGGUGAGAGUGAGGGGCAGGAUGUAUGCCAGGGAGACUCCGGAGCACCGUUGCUGAAAUUUCAUGGGGGUAUUUACUUUGUGGUCGGUGUGGUAAAUUUUGGACCCAGAUGUAGCGCGUUAACUGAUUUUACCAUAUCCGUGAGAGUGUCGGAGUAUUUGGAUUGGAUUCUAAAGAAUUUAAAUGUUCUCUGCUGUGUCAUGAUCCGUGUCAGAUUUUCCGUGUUUGGAGUACUCACCUUCCUAUUACCAUCGCUGAUUACACUCGCGCUCGGACAGCAACCGGUGAAUCAGAAUUGCAUACUUCCAACUGGAAGCCCCGGGCGAUGUGUCCGCCUGAAGCAGUGUACAAAGAUAGCUGUACUUUGGAGCCGAAAAACUCUCUACAGUUCGCAAAUCAAUGAGUUAACUGCCGUAACGAGGGCCUGUGACAGUGAUGGGAACUCAUCGGAUCCGAUCGUUUGUUGUGAAUCCCCGACAUUAUCACCGGGAAGAAAAACGGAUGUAACUGCAACAACACGAACAACAACUGCUGCUCCUAUCACACAACCUACUACGAUCAGCACCGCGACAGUUCGAACACAAACUACUGUCAAUUACGAACACUACAAAGAUGUUCUACCGGAGCAUUGCGGUACUAAACAGAGUCAACUCGUAUACAACGUCAUAUCGGAUGCGGUGGACGAGAAUAAUGAGCACGUGUGGGCAGUUCUUUUGGAAAUUAAAAAGACCGACCGAUGUGCGGGAACCUUGAUCCAGGAAAGUUUCGUACUGACCGCAGCACAUUGCGUCCAUAACAUGAGCAAAGAAAGUAUCAGGCUGUUUUUCGGCGUGUCCAAAAUCAGUACGCUGCAGCAAUGUUUGAAGGAUUAUGAAUGUGUGGAGCGCAGUGCAGUAGAAUUCAUUGUUCAUCCUAACUAUAUACCUCACGCCCGGACGAAUGAUAUAGCACUUAUUUGGUUAAAUGAAACGGUAGGUUUCGAACAUGUUGUGCCAGCUUGUCUGCCGCUAAAUUACACUUUCGGCGAGAGCGAAUCCGACGGUACACGCGUUCAUUCGGUCGGUUGGGGUUUAAACGAAAAAGGAGAAUUGAGUGAUUCGAAGGGUAUAGUAUUGUUGAAUGUUAAGCCGCAGGUCGAAUGUGGCAAUCACCUCAACAGGAAAUUUAAGCGAUUCCCUCCCAGUAUGAUCUAUAGUGUCAUGUGUACCUUUGGUGAGAGUGAGGGGCAGGAUGUAUGCCAGGGAGACUCCGGAGCACCGUUGCUGAGACACCACAGCGGCUUAUACUUUGUGGUCGGUGUGGUAAAUUUUGGACCCAGAUGUAGCGCAUUAACUGAUCCUACCAUAUCCGUGAGAGUGUCGGAGUAUUUGGAUUGGAUUCUUACCAAUUUGAAGCGUUCCAAAUGGAUGUAA